UAUCGGCAUUUGUUGCACGGCAAACGCAAACUAUAGGUGAACUUUUAAAAUCUUUUAGCUAAAAUUCAAAAAGGCUUGAAACUUUAUUUUUAAAAAUGAAACUUUUCAUCAUUGGCACUCUAAUAGCUUUUGUUGCAGGAAGACAAUAUGUAAGAGAUGAAGUUGGAUGCAAUAUACAAGAGGAUCCAUUAUAUCCGGCAUGCAAAACAAAAGUUAUGUCGAUACAAGCAAGUUGGCGAGAAAAUCCGGAUUAUAAAAAAAACGGAGUUGAUGGAUCUGUAUGUUCAAUUAUAAACUACUUGAGUAAGGUGGAAAGAUUUUGCCCUUGUGCUGUACCAAACAAUUCUUUAUACCCAAAUUGCCUAAAUAAAGUUAAAUGGAUGAAAGCGAACUGGAAAGCAGAUCCUUCUUACAAAAACAAAGGAGUUGAUGGAUCUGUGUGUUCAAUACUUAGCUACUUGAGUAAGGCUGAAAAAUGGUGUCCGUUAUAAAAUGGAGAACUAAAAGAAACGUUAUUUUUAAAGCGUAUUUUUCAUUGCUAUUCACUCGAAAGAUAACCUAUAUAUUUUUGCACUUACAUACAUUGUUUUUUGUUUGAUUUAUUUUUAUGAAUAAUGAGAAAUUACAUUUUUAAUUUUACUCUUUAUGAAAAAACUUUAUAAAAUUAAAUUUCUUUCUUUAUAUUGUUAAAAGUGAACUUGUUAAGUUGUUUAAUUUGAUCUCUAAAGUUAUGAUUAAUAAGUUGUUUUAAUGUAA